AUGUCCUACGGACGGACAAGUACCCCAAAGGUACCUAUCGCGGCCCCAAUCAAUCCUAUAACAAUAGCAAGCAUCACACCUGGGGACAACGAAGGUAAACCCCCGUUAAACGGGAUAUAUAUAGUGGUAGUCACCCUCGCAGCACGUACGAGUCAAAGUCGCAGUCCCUCGAGUCCUUUCGCCAGUAAGAUUCGCUCCAUUCGGCUAUGCGGCCCAGUCAAAACAUAUCACCCACCCCUCGCAACAAAACGGUUCACCCCGAUAGCGCUCCAAUCAUCAGUAAACAAGCAUGUGUUAGAUGAACAAGGAUACACGCCUUUGAGUGGGUCCCGGAACAGCAUAAAACAGUUCGCUGGAACUUUUGAGAAGCAUAUGAUAGACAAGCUGUUUGACCAGGAGGAAUGGCCUGGGGAGGAUCCGGAUCAGUCGCCGUUCAGUGAUGUACGAUCAGAGGCUUCAACACUUUGCUCGUUCCGCGGGAUACCGCUGCAGAUUUGUAAUGAGGCAUCUACAUCAGGUGUGAAGCACUUCAAGAUAUCCAAGUCGUCCAAGCCUGAAAUCGUCUUUGGGGUCUGA